UGUCGCUACUGGAAAAAUGAUGUCAAUUGCAACUCAAAAUGUUGUUCAACUCGCUUUCGGAUUUUUCGUCAAUUUUGUGGCUUUCAAUACUCAGGGAAUGAUUGAAGAAUCGGUGGUCGAAAGUGUAUCGCUGGAUGGAUCUAUCACAAAAUACGCUGGUUAUUACAGUUUAGCGAUUAUUUAUGCAUUUUAUACGCUGGGAAAUCUCACAGCCGCUCAAAUUGUGGACACUUUGACACCAAAAUGGGCAAUGUGCAUUGGAGCUCUUUGUUAUGCGAGUUUUCAGGUCGGUUUUCUAUUUUUAAAUUCCACGUAUUUGUACAUUUCAAGUGCAAUUUUGGGAUUCGGAUCGUCCAUUUUAUGGACCGGACAAGGAUCCUACCUGUCACAGAAUUGCACAAAAGAGACCACAAGUCGCAUGGCGGCCCUGUUAUGGGGAAUGCAUGAAUGUUGCCUGAUUGGUGGCGGAAUUCUGAUUUUCAUCGUUUUUUCGGUGACCGAUUCAUAUGAUGUUAUACCAAAAUUUACGAUCAAACUCCUAUACUCAAUGUUCACAAUUCUUGCAAUUUUAUCCGCAUUCGUGUUCUCCAUGCUCAGAGAGCCAGUCUACAAAAAAGAAAAAUCCGGAUGUUACAAAAAACUAAUGACAUCGACUUUUCGUCUUCUGUUCACCAGGAAAAUGCUCUUUCUAAUAGUGAUCUUCUCAUAUGUCGGAAUUGAGCAGAGUUUUUGGACAGGAAUCUACCCCACUUGUGUCUCUUUCACAAGAAAAUUGGGAUACAAUGGUAAUGCACUAGUAGCUCUCAAUUUAAUUUGCACUGGAAUCGGACAGGUUUCUGCUGGUAUAAUAUUUGGAUUCCUUGGCGAUAAGGUUCGGAAGCUAGGUCGUGACUAUCUGAUUCUGUUCGCAACUUUUAUUCAUCUGUUAGCUUAUGUGAUAAUUGGGUUGAACUUCCCGGCAAGUGCAUCACUGACAAAAAAUGAUGAUAGUGGAUUGUUCUGGACACCGAAUCUUUAUGUAGCUCUGGCAAUAGGAAUCGUGCUGGGAUUUGCUGAUGCCUGUUGGAAUACGCAGAUCAUGUCUUUCCUGUGUGAAACUUACCCGGAAAAAAGUGCUCAAGCUUUUGCGAUUUUCAAGUUUUUUGAGUCUCUCCUAUCCUGCUUCACAUUCAUUUUCUCAUCACUGAUAUCCCUUUACUGGGUGCUCACAAUCCUUUCAAUAUUCUCAAUUCUGGCACUCAUAUGUUUUUUCAUUGUGGAACGGGAACGCGUCGAUCUGGAAAAUGCGGAGGAAAAUGCGAUGGAAAAUAGAAAAUAAAUAAAUUUAUGGUAUUGAAGUGUGACAUGAAAACACAGUUUUUUCGAAUUUUUGUUUCAUUAUUUUUAACGACGGGAGAAGGUCACUCACUUGUGUGGGGAAAGAGAUAUUUUGAUCUUUGUCUUUAUUCGACUGCAUUUUUUUUGUUGCUUACUAGACAGUUGUUUCACGAAUCUUUGAAUUUUUCUGAGAAAAAAGUUUAUAAAAUAAAUUAGAAUUUCCAA